AUGAUACGUCUGAAUCCACGCGCUCCAGCGUUGAUUACCUGGAGUUUGAUAUUACUCUUUAUUGCUGCUGGUGCUGUGGUUCUAAGGGUGAUAUCUACACGGAUGCGGCGGCGGCAGUUCAAAGGCCAUGAUUAUCUCGUAUUCUUCUCACUGGUUGCCUUGACUGGAUAUGUGGUAGACGUAUUAACUGGAGCGAUUAUCGGUGGCUAUGGCGGACACACAUCGAUAAUGGCUGCUCACCACCCAGAACAAUUGAUCAGUGCAUUAAAGACAUUCUGGGCGUCGGAAUGGUUGUGGGCGACAGCAACAGCUUCUUUACGACUUGCCAUUCUCAUGUUAUACAUCGAAAUAUUCCCCAACCAUCCAGUCUUCUUCUGGACAGCCUCAGGGGUGGGAGGCCUGGUAUUUCUAUACUGGGUGGCUUCAAUUUUGACAAUUGCCCUGCUGUGUCGGCCGGUCGCAUACAACUGGGAUCGCACCAUUCCCGGUGUUUGCGGUGAUGUGAUCAAGACGGAGUACGCAUCUGCAGGAUUUAACAUGGGGAUUGAUCUGGGAGUCGUGCUGUUGCCUCUGCCAAUAGUAUGGCGGCUUCAUAUGUCGAGUCGCAAGAAGACUGGUGUGACUGCGUCGUUCGCACUGGGAGUCCUAACGGCUGGUAUCAAUCUGGGCCGCAUUAUCCAGACCAAGCUCUGUCCAACCGACGACAUCAUCUACUGCGCGAGGGACAGUUCGAUCUUUGUGAUUGCUGAGAUGACUGCAGGAAUACUGGUGGCUUGUGUGCCAACUCUAGGCCCUUUGAUGUUCCGUGGGCGCCAUGUGCCUUCAGCCCGACCGCACGACUUGCCUACCAUUGGAUCUGCUCGUACCCGACCAAGACGCGACCUUGCCAAGCUUGAUUCUCUUCUCUCCACACUUGAUUGUAGCCAUGGGGAGGAGGAAAGGAACAAGACGUGGAACGAGAUGGGCGAUACUGCGCCGACGGCACAUGCAGUUGCUGGGCCUGGACACAACGGAGGUGACGGGGGCAUCCUGGUGACGCGCGACUUGGACGUACAUAGUCUUAAUCCGCCGACUCCCAAACUGGGCGAAGCCGUUUGA